CCACAUCCGAGUGAGCCUCGGGGACGGCUUCAAAAACGAUACCGUGCGAUUCGCGUUGCGCGUACGCACAGAUGCGCGCGCUACUAUUUUGAAUUCGUAUUUCGUGCGAAAUUCGCAAAAAGACUUUUUAAUUUAGGACAUAAGAAUUAAGUCUAGUAUAAUUUAGUACAGUGCUAUCGGCGGUGGUUUAUUACAAGUGUUAAAGUGAAAACAUGGAUAAAAAUACGUAACAGUUAAGUGAAAAACAUUCUUAAAAUUUGUAUCCAAAAUUAAGGAGGUCGGGGCACAGGCAAUUUUUUAUCUGUCAAAAUGAACCAGCAAUGUAAGGUGUGCGGGGAACCUGCUGCCGGUUUUCACUUCGGUGCCUUCACGUGUGAGGGAUGUAAGUCCUUCUUUGGGCGGACAUACAACAACUUAUCUUCGAUAUCGGAAUGCAAGAACAAUGGAGAGUGCGUCAUCAACAAGAAAAAUAGAACCGCCUGCAAAGCAUGCCGGUUGCGGAAAUGUUUGCUCGUCGGGAUGUCCAAGUCCGGUUCGAGAUACGGGAGAAGAUCUAAUUGGUUUAAAAUUCACUGCCUGCUGCAAGAACAACAACAACAGCAUAUACAACAAAUGCAGACAAGUAAAUCGCCUCCUACUUUUAAUUCGAAUAUCAAUCCGUCAUUCUUACCAACGAACCUACUCCCAGCCGCCGCAUUAGCUGAAUAUUACAAGAGUUCAGAAAAGAUACCCUUUGGCGAUGAAGUAACGAGACAAAGCGUCUCACCAUCCGACUCCGGAGCUUCAUCAGCGGAUCCUGAAGAUGAUAACAGCUCGAGGAGUACGAGCGGAUUAAGUAUUUUUAGACCAGCGUCGUCUCCAUGCAGUGAAAAAGAUGUACGAUUGCAAGCGCUUAGAAAUCAAAGUAAAGAAUUACGAAGAAAAAAGCCUUCUACUCUGCCACCUUCUCCUUUUAGUACCGCUUCGUCUACACCAAGCUAUCCUUCUAGAGGUACCUCUUUUCUGCCUUUACCGACCGCAAUACAGAACUUUAGGUCAAUUCCCCCUGGGGUCCCUGCGUGGCCGUCGCGCAACGGCGGCGAUCUCUUGCUCCAUUCCCCUGCCGUAGCCGGCGUAGCUAUAGAACAAGAUCAACCGAUAGAUCUAUCUAUAAAAUCAACUGCAGUACUCUUCAGAAGUCCAAAAAGAGAUGAAGUCAGCGAUUCUGAACCAGAAUUAAGUAUUGAUUUAAAUGAAGAUAACGCUAAAGAAAUUAUGAAGAAUCCACUUGAUUUAAGUCUUGUACCGAAACGGACAGAAGAAGUUCCAAUGACUGGAUGAGAAUAGAAUUUCUUUUGAUAAUAAAAUCACAAGGAAUCAUAACUUUUUUAUGAUUCAUAUUGAAAAUUAUUCCUAAUUAGAUAAACAUUAAAAAUGACUAUCUUAUAUUCUGCCAUACAGUAUUUAGUGAUAAGUACAAUUUCUCUUCUACUAUUACCUGAACU